AUGGAGGAGCCUAUUAUCCCCCAGCACAUUUCCAACUGGCCCCAUAUCGUGGUUUUUAUCCCCACGCGACGCGAAAAGAUCGACGAAAUCACAACAAAGUCUCCGGAUAGCCUUAAGAAUAAAGACUGCGCCACCAGGCUCUACCAACCUCUCGACCGCGCUGCAGCUCUCUCCAGGGCCGCUUCCUGGUUAGGUGGAUACCCUCCUCAGUUUGUCGAUCUAGAGGCUCGCCAGUCUGGCCACCCGAUUUGCGACCUACGCGAUCAGCUAUUGCGCUUACCCGACUUGUUUGAUUGUAUGUUUAUGCAUCCCUUGCUGCCAGAGAACACAGCCCGAACCGACACUUCCAAGAGGCUAGGGACUCGCACUCUGUAA